GCUCGAAUGAUGGCAACCAUUGGGGUAACUCGAGGCUUAGGAGACCAUGAUCUCAAAGUUUACAACUCCAACAUCCACAUUAAACCUUUCUUAUCUUGCGUUCCAGAGGUGCACAUUUAUGAUCUCACACAGUAUGAGCACUGCCCUGAUGAUGUGCUGGUGCUGGGCACUGAUGGCCUCUGGGAUGUCACUAGUGAUCAAGAGGUGGCCAUGGUGGUCAUUGAUGUAUUGAUGGGCUAUGAGCCCAAUGAUCCUUGCAGGUAUACCAUGGCAGCCCAGGAGUUGGUAAUGAGAUCCAGAGGGGUUCUGAAGGAUCGUGGCUGGAGGCUGGCCAAUGACAAACUGGGCUCUGGAGAUGAUAUUUCUGUUUUUGUUAUUCCCUUGGGUGGUCCAGGAAACUAUUCCUGAACUCUGAGCCUCCAGUAUACAGAGUUCUUGAUUUAAAAUGGUAAAAAAUGCAACUUAACUGAAGAUUGUAGAUUCCCUUGCUGUUGAAAUAUUUUUGUUUCACAAGUCUUCAGAAGUGGAUUAUAAAACCCAAUCAUAAAGACUUCAGUUUACAUCAGUUUUCAUCUUUUUCAAGCAAGUGAGAGCCGUGACACAUAGCCGAAAUCAAAGCCUUUCAAGAAUUACUACCAUAAGUUCUUGAAGUCCUCUGGAAAUCUUUAAUUCUCAGGGCUGUGUGAAAUCUGGGGUGUGGUGCCAGAGAAAGAAAACUGACUGUGGGUUCCACUGGCAUGGAAAUGGUCUUCAUACUGAUUGUUAGUCCUGGAGUAUCCUUGAUCCAUUACAGUACUGAAUCACUUGUAAAUAUUUAUUUUGCCCCAUGACUAUAAAUGGACAAUUCAGAAUGCCAAGGACCACCUCAUUCUGAUUCACAAUGGCAAUUGUGCCUACUUGUCUAGAAAAUACUGUCUUACUUGGCAAUUAAUUGUAUGUGAAUUGCUAAAAAAUAAUGUCAACUAAGUGUUGUUGACUGAUUGCUAGUUAUUUCUCAGAUUUCUCCCAGGCAGAAUAUGCGGUUUUUCCCUCCAAAAGUUGGAUUUCAGGUUGAAUACUAAGUAAGAACUCAUUUUAAAAGUAUCUCUUUAUUUAGCAGGGAUUUUUCUGUAUCAUAUUAAAUACUGUACAUCAUUUAACAAAAUUUGCUAAUUUUAUAGGAGUCUCUCCUCUGAAUGGCAGUGGGUGGGUACAACUGAUUUCUACUCUAGAGAAUAUUGUUGAACAAGAUCUUACCUUGUAUUUCUUCCUCCACAAAGUGGUGGAACAUCUGGUGAUCUAAAUCAACAACUGAGCCUUAAAUAACAAUAUAGAGUCAUUUUCUGCAGGAUAGGGCAUUUCAAAUAUGUACCUAAGGCAACUACAUCUAUAGUUAACAUUAUAGAAGAGAUUUUAUUUCUAGUUCAGAUCACCUGUGUUCUUUUAUGAAACAUUCAAAAAUUUCUGCAUCUCAGCUCUACCUCUACAGCCCAGAGCCCUGAGUUCUUGGCUUAAUGAAUAAAACAUAUUCUGUACUGAUUUAAAUCUGUCUGGCAAUGGUAGCUACACUUUAUAACUUGGUAACUAUUUCAGUUCAAAGGGACCCAGCAACUCACAAUCUGCAAUUUACAAUACAGGUGUGAGCAAUUGAGUGAUAAAACACAACAAAGGGGGGGAGGGUUGAAGACUCUCACAUUUAUUAAAAACAUUCAUGGAUCACCUCUAAUUCAGGAAAAGUAUAUGUAAUGACAAACUUGUGCAUCUUUAGAAAACUCCUUUUUCCAUUUACUGCAAAAAAAUAACAUGGCUAUCUCUCCAGAAAUGAAUGGGUUUUUUU